CUCGCGCGCAUGAUGUAGCGAACAGCAGCUGGAACUGGCGCUCCGUGGCUCACGCGCGCGCGCACACUCACACUCACACACAUACAAACACGCGCACACGCACGCGCACACCGCCGCGAGACAGGCAGCUAUCGCACCUAACACACCGGACCGCUCAGCGCGAGACUCCGCAGGUUCAGGAGUUUAUUCGAUUUAAAACGAUUUGACUCGGCUUUUAUCUGUUUCUGAAAAGAAAAGGUUUUAUUUUAUUUUUUAUUGUUCUGGGGUUAAAGCUAGUUUUCUCGUCAGUUAGUCUGAAGUUCUCAGAGACCGGAAUGUUUAAACCGAACUAACAGAUCCGUCUCAUUAGCUAUUGGUGCUAAUUCGUUUGUUUUUUUUAAAAAAACAAACCAAGAAAUAUAUUAAUAUUUACUUUAAUUUGUUUUCUGGUUAAUUUAUGUUAGAAUUUAAUACCGAAUUAUUAUUUUAAUUAGGUUCCACUGACAGCUAUAGAUUUAGUUAUAUUAAUUUUUUUAAUGAAAGAAAGAGCUGUUUAGGAUCAUUUGUAUAUUUUGAGUGUUUUAUAUAGUCGUUAAAUUCGGUUUAUUUAUGCUAGACUUGAAACGUUUUGUCAUUUAGAGCAGGUUUUAUAUUUACUGUGUGUAUAAACCCCGUGCAGUAGUGUGUUGUGUGCUGAGGGUCUGAGUGUACAGUGAUGAUGCUCGGCUUGGUGCUGGAGUUCUUGCUCGUGCUGAUGAAGGUCAUGUGGGCGAUCGCGCUCGCGGCGCUCCGCUGGGUCGCGCGGCCCCGCGAGAAGAGCGUGGCGGGCCAGGUGUGCGUGAUCACGGGCGCGGGCGGUCAGCUGGGCCGCCUGUUCGCGCUGGAGUUCGCGCGCCGCCGCGCUGUGCUCGUGCUGUGGGACAUCAACAGCCAGAGCAACGAGGAGACCGCAGAGCUCGUGAGACAGAUCUACCGGGAACAGGAGACGCACGCGGACAGAGAGGGCGGUGUGGAGGAGGUGCAGCCGUUCAAGCCGCAGGUCUACACAUAUGUGUGUGACGUGGGGAAGCGCGAGAGCGUGUACACAACGGCGGAGCGUGUGAGACGCGAGGUGGGCGAUGUGGACCUGCUGAUCAACAAUGCGGGCGUGGUCUCUGGGCAGCACCUGCUGGAGUGUCCAGACGAGCUCAUCGAGAGGACCAUGGUGGUCAACUGCCACGCACACUUCUGGACCACCAAGGCUUUCCUUCCCAGGAUGUUGGAGAUGAAUCACGGCCACAUUGUGACGGUCGCCAGCUCACUGGGCCUCUUCAGCACGGCAGGGGUCGAGGAUUACUGCGCGAGCAAGUUCGGAGCCAUCGGCUUCCAUGAGUCACUCAGCCACGAGAUCAAGGCUUCAGAGAAAGACGGCAUCAAGAUGACGCUGGUGUGUCCGUAUCUGGUGGACACAGGCAUGUUCAGAGGCUGCAGGAUACGUAAGGAGAUCGAGCCAUUCCUGCCCCCGCUGAAGCCCGAGUUCUGUGUGAAGCAGGCAAUGAAGGCCAUCCUGACCGACCAGCCCAUGAUCUGUACGCCACGCAUCGUCUACAUGGUCAACUUCAUGAAGAGCAUCUUGCCAUUCGAGGCCAUUGUGUGUAUGUACCGGUUCCUGGGUGCGGACAAGUGCAUGUAUCCAUUCCUGGCUCAGAGGAAAGAGGCCAUGAACAACAACGAGGCGAAAAACGGGAUCUAAACAACUCGCUUCAUGAAACAACGAGAGGAUACGACCACUGAGAGAGAGAGAGAGAGAGAGAGAGAGAGAGAGAGAGAGACUGAGUUUAGACUGGUGCACUUGCAUUGAGCAGAUGCAAACGUUUACCAUAUUGUUCCUCUGGAACUAAGAGCGCUGUGGACUACGCUGAGGAUUUCCUCUUUGUGUUUGUCUUUCGUUUAGUUCGUUUGAAAGCAAAGCGAGCUUCUAUAUACCGCGUCAAUAGGUCUGAAAUCAUACGUGAGGUAUUCAGUAAUUAUUUACAUCAUGUAGUCACCAGCAUUAUCUAGCGUCUUUGCGAAAUAUACAGUAUGUUACUGUACGGGCAGUAAGAAACCCCCUUUGUCACUUUGUGUUUUGUAGACAUGCACUGUAAUUACGUAAUUUCUCUACACUGCCAUUAUUGUUGUGAUUAGCCAAAACCGCUGCACCACCUCAAUUCCCGGAGCAACGCUUCAUCUCUUGGACGCAUGGAUUAAACUCAGACGCACACAGCUGAGGCCUGUGGGGAGGUCUGAGAACGUAUUGGCCCUUUAGCGUCCAUCGCAAUAGCACAGACUGUAAUUCGUCACUUUGUGGCUGCUGAUGCAAAUAUUCCUGUAUAUAUAUAUGUGUGUUAUUUUAUUUUUCUCCUCACAAAAUAUUCAGACAACAGCAGACUGAUCUUCCAAAUUCAUCCUUCAGUAACAUGGCAAUGUAGAGGUUGUGAAAAUACAACCCAGUCAUUGAAAUGUUUCUAAAGCUGGGUGUUAAUGUUAUUAUAGCAAGAAUUAAUGCUAACAGUGAGGGCAUUAAUGUUAUCACCAGCAAUGCUAAUCAGUAAUCAAUAAUGUUAAUGUCACUGAUGUCAUUUAUUUUCAUGAUCAUUGCUGGAAAUUCUUUCAGAGACUUAAAUGUGUCAUGCAAUUAACUGUAGGUCAAAUGUCAUUUAUUCAGCAAGCUCCUUCUUAAUUAUGGAAAAACAAAGAACGCAGCUGCGUUUUACUGAUUUGUUGAUCUUUUAAAAAAUUUUUAGGCAGGAUGAGGUGUGUGUCUAUGUUUUAUUUGUAAAAAAAAAAAUCAGUAUAUAUUUUUAAUCACUGAAAAUGUAAAAGAAGCAACAUGGACUGAAAUGUGUCUACGUUAUCAUUUCAUCUGAACUGAAUGAAAUGUGUCAAAACAUUGGUUUGUACAUGUAUUCCGCAUCUCUGUCAUAUAUUUCCACUUCAAACAGAUGUGACUCGUAAUUUGAUGAUCGGGAUUCGGAUACUCUGUAUGUCUACGAAAAGAAUCAUUGAUGGAUUUGAUGUACAUUCCAGUAGGUGCCGUUUGUUCACAGUGACGAGCCUGAAGUCGCUACCUCUUCAUGUUUGCCGUUUGUUGACAGUAUGCCGUUUAUUUGAUGCCUCUUUUUGUAACUUUCAUAAGGAGCUGCACGCCGUGCGGAUCCGAUGUUUAGUGUCUCUGCCUAACUUAAAUUAAUAAACUGAUUUAGAUUGUG